GUAUCCUGGCCACAUCCUACCAGAUGAAGACCUGCAGUGGGUGUUUGUGAAUGCUGGGGGCUGGAUGGGCUAGAUGUGUCUCCUUCAUGCUUCACUAACAGAGUACCUGCUGCUGUUUGGUACUGCAGUGGACACAGGAGGGCACUCAGGUCGGUACUGGGCGGAGAUUUCUGACACCAUCAUAUCUGGAACUUUCAGACAGUGGAAAGAGGGUACAACUAAGAGUGAAAUAUAUUACCCUGGGGAUACAAUAGUACAUGGUGUAGGCGAAGCCACUUCUGUCCAGUGGAGUGCUGGGACUUGGAUGGUGGAGUACGGUCAAGGUUUCAUACCCUCUAAGCUCGGAUUUGCACUGGCUGACACCCUGUUCAGCACUCAGGACUUCCUCACAAUGUUCUACACUAUACAUGUCUAUGUUAAGGGUCUACUGCUUGAGGCUGGUACAGCUCUUACAGAGGCUGGUGUUUUCUGAGUCACAGCAGAGGCAUAGAAGGAUACCACGAGACACUAACAUCAAAAGUUUGCAGUUUUAUCUGACAACUAUCCUCUAGUAUGUGCCAGAUCAUUUAAAAAUGUCUACAUUCAAGUUCUUGCCCCUUGUUAAAAGUGUUUAGAAGUCACUUUCUUACCUUUCAACAUUAAACUGCAUCAACAGAA